AUGAGUUUCCAACCGCUUAACCCCCGUCCCUUCCUCCAGGCUCGCGUGGGCACUGAAGUCCUCAUCCGCCUGAAGUGGGCCCAGACCGAAUACAAGGGUACCCUCGAGAGCAUCGAUUCAUACAUGAACGUUCUGCUGCGUGAUACGCAAGAAUUUAUCGACGGAAAGCCCACCGGUGCAUUGGGUCUUGUUCUGAUCAGAUGCAACAACAUCCUCUAUAUGGGGUCAGCCGAUGCAAUUGAGAUGACAGACAUGGAGCUUAAAUAA